AUGAUAUCGGUUGUAAACCACAAGGGGAGCUCGUGUUCGGUGCUUUUUCUGGCCAGGGCCUGGUUCCUGGUGCUGUGCAGGAUGAGCAGUUCUUCCCCUGCUCUCAGGUCGCUGUCAGAGGACAGGACAGCUGCUGUGCUAUGGGGCUGUGAGCUGGGUGUGAACAGCCAGAGCUGCAUGGUGAAGGAGGAUGAUGACUUCCUAGAGCACCUGGUCCUGCUGAAGACGAUCUCCCUGGGGGCCGAUGCCAGGGAUGAGUUGCAUGUGGUGGCUGUGGAGUCCAAGAACACCUAUGGAGACCACAAACCGGUGCCCAUCGCAUCCCUGCGUGUCUCAGUGCUUCCCAUGAUCAGUCUCAAAGGUCUGGAGUUCGUCCCUCCUGUCACCUUCAUGCUGCAGUGUGGAACUGGACCGGUUUAUCUCAGCGGGCAGCACGUUACCUUGGAAGAUGUCCCCAGGUGCAAAGCCCAUGAGGAAGAGCUGUUGGAUAUGGAUGGAGGUGAUGAGGACGAUGCCAGGGCAGCACGGGAUGGAGAAUAGUUGCAGCUCUGGAUGGGAUGGAUCCUUACACAAGGACACAACGGGCUUCUGCUUUGGAUAGAUCCUUCUCUCCAUCUCAGUCGUGUUCUGAUUGUGCUGCUGCUGGGAUGCUGUGGGUCGUGCUGCUGAGCUGUGGGUCUCAGAGCAUCCUAUUGAGCACCAUUGCCCCUUCCCUACACUGGCACCUCCCAGAUGGUCUUAAAAUGUGUGUGUUGUGUCCCCCCUGUGCAGCCCUUUUGCCAAUCAAUCUGCAGUCAUAAUGGUAGUUUUGUUCCAGUAGGAAUUACUCUGGCAAUUGUUUGGAUAAACAGAGUAAAGUUACGUUGCAGCCUUCACAGCAGCCCAGGGAAAUGCAGCCAAAGUCUGUUCAGAACAAGCAGCCAUUGAAGUAAUCAAAUUAAA